GGUUCUAGCGACGUGAUUUCAUCUAUACUGAUGUAAUAGCUUCAACUGCAGCUCAUCAAACCCUCGACGGCGAAGAGAGUGAGACGCGACUGAGCUCGCACAGAAGCAUCGAUGGGACCGGCGGCUAGUGGCGAAAUGGAGUUCGCGAGACUUGCGGAUUUACGCUAACUGCCGAGUGCUCAGCUUCGUUCCUGCACCGAUGGUGGAGAUGAUGACGGCGAAGAUAAAGAAGAGUUAAAACCCGGAAGUCACGACGAGAGCUCGACGGCUAGAUUCUGCGGGAGAGACAGCCAUCCUGUUGCCUAAAUGCACAUACGCAUGCCUCCGCCACCACGCCUCCUUCUCAACAAUGUCUCAUGCAUGCGUAACGCUCAGACUAUCCUCCGGAAUAUCAAUGUUACAGUCCAUGAUGGCUCUGCAUUAGUUUUGACUGGCGCUAACGGCUCCGGAAAAACUACCUUCCUUAGAUUGCUAGCGGGAUUCUCCCGCCCCUCUGCUGGAGAAAUCCUCUGGAACGGCCAUGACAUCACUUCUCCUGGAGUCUACCAACAGUACAAACUCCAACUCAACUGGCUUUCCCUCAAGGACGCCAUUAAACCCAAGUUCACUGUCUUGGAAAAUGUUCAGUGGUAUGAAGUACUUGAAGGCAAAGAUGGAACUGCAUCUCUUCCAGCUCUCGAGCUCAUGGGACUUGGCAGGCUGGCUAAUGAGUUGCCGAGAAUGCUCUCUAUGGGCCAGCGAAAGCGGCUGCAGUUGGCUCGGAUGCUGGCUAUUGGCAAGCCUGUGUGGUUAAUGGAUGAGCCUUCGGUCACUUUGGAUGCAGAAGGGGUCCGGCUGCUCGAAUACAUAAUAGGGGAGCAUCGUAGAGAAGGCGGAAUAGUUUUUGUGGCGACUCAUACGCCUAUUGAGAUCGAAGAUGCCAUGCAUCUCAGGCUCCCUGAAAGGUUUCCUCGAAGGAAAACAUUGGUUGAUCUUCUUGACUGAGGAUUGUGUGAGUUGUACCCACCGUGAUCCAGCUUGAACUCUCAGUUUACAGGCAACAUACAUUACGUUUUUUCUGCCGGAAUCUUCAUAUAGUCGUAGAAUGUGUUAACAGAUUGUUCUCAGUCUGGAUAGUCUUCUAUGCGCAAAUGUCUGUAAAAAAAGCAUCAGAAUCAGAAUCAGAUUCUACCUGUCGUCACUGAGUCUAUCUAUUAUCGCCGGUAAUAGGGUUUUCAGAUCGGUUAGUUAGCUCUGUCCUUCGUGUUCUUCUCUGGCCUCGAGCUAAAACAGUUGUUUCUCUUGGAGCUGGUGUGCUUGCCGGUUGCAAAUUGCCAUUGUUUCGAAGGCCACGCAAAUCCAUCCUCAUAUCUUCCAUGAAUUCCAUGAAAUCUGUAGUCAGAUGGUACACUAGCAGUUCCAAAUUGAAUGUGAGUUCACGUAUGACUUCCCAACUGCAAUCUUCAUCAUUUGCGGGAUUCUCGCUGCCGUCCACCAUGGACUCUAAUACCGUGGUGGUCAUCACUGGCGGGGUUCUUGCCGCCGUCCACCAUGGGCUCUAAUACCACAGUGGUAUAGCGCGAGAGAUAUAGAGAGUUCUCCUAAAGGAAG